AAUCGCUUGGGAAGCCGGCGCUUGCUCCCGUCCAACCAACUCAUCACACAUGCUUCUUAAGCACACAAGAGCAAUCCCUAGACUCUCAAAUAUUAACAAGACACUUAAUAGAUUGCAUAUCAUGUCCAGAGACCCCUCCUUAGCUAAACUCACGAGUCUCGAACCUUUAUCUGGCGAACACGCGCGCUGGAUCAAAUUGGAGAAGAUCAACUACACCGAUCCGGAAGGCAAGGCCAGAGAGUGGGAAAUGGCCAGCCGUACCACCAGACCGAAAAAUAGCACCAUUGAUGCUGUGUGUAUCUUGGCUAUUAUCGAGGACAAGACCUCUGCGGACGGUCCCCGCAUCGUGUUGCAGAGGCAGUUCAGACCGCCGGUAGAGGGCGUCUGUAUCGAGAUGCCAGCCGGUUUGAUCGACCCCAACGAAAGCGCCGAAACGUGUGCGUUGAGGGAGUUGAAGGAGGAGACCGGCUACGUGGCGGACUACGCCAUGGAGACCAGCCCGUUGAUGUUCAACGACCCAGGCUUCUGCAACACCAACAUGAAGCUCAUCACCGUAAAGGUAGAUCUUAACGAUGAGAGAAAUGCCAAUCCGCAGCCCGAGUUGGAGGAAAAAGAGUUUAUCGAAACCUUUACCGUUCCAUUGAAGGACUUACACCUGGAGUUGUUCAAGUGGGAGGCCGAGGGGUUGAAGAUUGAUGCCAGGGUGCAGAACAUUGCCGCUGGGAUUCAGUUGGCCAAGAAGUUUAAGUUUUAGGGAAUACAUCAGCCAUGGAGUAUUGGAGAGAUCUUGUCGGUGAGAUUGACAUUCGUGGGGAAGCAAAUAAACAAAAAAUGUGUAUUGCAUACAUUUGGUAUGCUUCAUCUAUGCUAAUGGAAACGGAUUGGUACAACGUCUAUAUUUUGUUAAGCAUAUGUGAAUCUGGGCGUAUUGGAACUUGUAUAAACAUUACCAGCGAGCGAUUUAAAAAAGUAUGUCUACUUUAGUCGAGGAUGAGCGUUAUCAGAGAAGUGGGUUAUAUAUGCAAACGGGGCUAAGCGUUAAUGACUUUUAGUCAAGUGUGAGAUGAGUGGGCCCAAGCGCCUUAUUUUAACGUUAUCAAUUGACUCUGCAUGGGCUAGGGAAGACAAAAGCUUGUCAAUAUUUGAGAAAAAACAUUCAUAUUAAAGAAUCAGA